CCAUCUUCCCCGUCUUCCCCGUCUUCCCCAAGUCCUCCACCAGAGCCGGCAUCGCCCUCACUCACAGCGGCUGGCGGAGCCCCUUCGUCGCUCGACCACCUCGCCUUCGCCCCCGUCGCGCUGGCGCAAUACCACAACAUCUCGGAGAAACUGGCCGACAACAACAUCUUCCGCAUCCUACGCAGUCCUGCGCCCGUCCGCCUCUGGGUCUAUCGCAGUCUGUUCGCCGAGACUAGGCUGUGGGAUCAGUGGAAUCGUCGCAAGGGAGGGGAAGCCAUGGACCGAUCGCAAGGACACGAUGCUUCGCUGGGCUCACAGGAAGAUCUGUAUGCGUCGGAGAGCACAGGCGACUCCGAGUACGACGCGCCCAUCCAAGCCCGUCCCUACCUCACGCGCCUCCGCCUUGCCCUCGCACCCUACACUGUCCACUUCCGCAACCCAGGCUACAUCCGCGACGAAACGCUGCGCAUGCUCGAGCGCGACGUCGUCAAAAAGACGCUCGAAGACUCGCGCAAGCGGCUCGAGCUGCGCGAGGAACUCGGCCUGUCAUGGGAGUUCUGGGACGACCUCGCCGCGGUGCUCAAAGCCGCGAUCCCCUCGCUCGAGAAGCGGUGCUUUGCGCAGCCGGACCCUGCGGCGCCGGAGUACGAGGGCCUGUCUGGCCCGCUGAUUGCGAGCUGUAGCCCGAGUUUGCUGAGGGAUCUGGAGAGGCUGAACCAGCUCGUGUGUAUUGCGCGGAACGUGCUGGUGCAUGGCGAGAGAGUGCAGAACUUGAGCGCAGAGAGGCUGUUUGAUAAGGACGUUUUCAAUCUGGUGAAUGUUUGCGUUAGGGUUACGGCGAGAGGGUAUGAUGGCGAGGCGGGGACGCAAGAUGAGGACAAAUGGCAGAGCGUGAUAAAUGCUUAUAAGAAGCUGCUCAUCACCUGCCUCCAGUUUCUCAAUAACCUCAUCGCUAGGAACGAGCAGAGGAAGCUCAUGCUGUGGAUCGAGCUGUUUGACAGCCAUCUCGAUAACGAGCUGCCCAAUUUCGCCGACAUGAAGUACAAGAUGGACGAGUUCACACCGCAGGACCAGACUGCGCCGCCGCAGCAGGAGCCUCUCCCCGAACAUCAUCAGCCAGCACGAAGUCUGGAUACGUUUAAAAUCCCACAGCAACCUGCAUCCUCGCCCUUCCUGUUGUAUAUUGGCGAAACGGGCAACGAGGUCAAAAAGGCCCUGAUGCAGCACGGCGAUAAGGCUGGCGCGAAUGAGAUCGCGGCAGAGUGCAGGAGGAGAUGGCAGACGAUGGGCGAAGAGGAGAAGAACAAAUGGAACAUGCUCUACGCCGACGUAGUCGCAAGAUACCGCGACCAGAUCACCCAGUCCAGCACCUACAAGAAAGUCGUCGACCAGCACGCAAAGAACGAAGAAAACGUGCAAGCGCUCGCAAAAAGCAUCAACCAGCUCCAAGUCGAAGUAGACCGGAUGCGCUCCUCCAUCACCGUUUACCCCGACGGAGGCACCCUCUCCCCGGACGCCGCGCCCGCCGCCCCGGCCUCGCAGCCCGCGCGCCCAGCAACAGAGGACUCGCUCUUAGACCCCAGCAUCAAGCGGUCGCCCCCGGCAGGUGAGAUCGAUUUCCGUGUAACGUACCCGCCCUCCUUCGGCGCCGAGAUCCUGCAGAAUGGCAAAGACGACCUGUUGAAGCGUCUGGAGCCUGACCCCGACCGUCCUGGGCUAAUCAGCGAUGUAGCCUCUCCUACUUCUCCGCCGCCUGACGACGACGACGAUGAUGCCGAUGACGACUACGAUGAUAUUCCGGGGGAUGAAGGAAGGGGGUUGUUGACUGAUGUGCCCUUGAUUCUGGGGCCGACGGAGAUCGAGGUCCUGCCUAUGAUCAUCAUGGGUGGGAUUGUGGAGCCGUCGGAGGGGCAGCCGGGAUAUCACUCGGAUCCGACUGUGUUCAGCAGUGUGAGGAGCAUGCACGGUGUGCGAUGCCACCUGCUGCUUGCCCAAGACAACGGGAGGAACUUGCUCAGAGAGCUGUUGAUCUUUGUCGCAGCUUGGGAUUUGAGGGAGGAAGAGCUCUACUUCAAGUUCAUGGUCAAGAUCAUGGAAGCUAUUCUCGCGAACCAGCUGCUGCCGUUCGCCUACCACGCUUUCAGAGAGUCGGAAUCCAAAGACAUCAUAUCGCCAGCGCAAGCCGUCAUCAUGAAGUUGCUUACAAACAUUUUUAGAGCACGACAGGCGCGAGCACAACCAGCCAAGGGCAUAGCCAAGUCAGCGCCACCACAAGUCGACCAAGGCGAUGUGCACAUGGUCAACUUCCUCCUCACCGAGUUCCGCCGACACAUCAUCCCGCAAACCUGCGCGCUCAUCUUCCUCCAAGGACAGAUCCGUGCCGGCCACGCACAGCCAGAGGACUUCCCACUAAACCUCUGGGACAUGGAGCGCAUGUACGAAGGCGUGUACCAGUACCUCGAAUUCUUCGCCAUCCUCACCGAGCACGAGACCUGGAAGCGGAUGCUCUCAAACUGGGAGAUCGCCAACGAGCUCGUCACCCUCUUGAAAGAACUCGACGCCGCAAUCCCCAAAGGCCAACUCAGCGUGCCUCCCCUCCGCCACUCCGCGCCUGCACCUCCACCCCCUGCGCCCGUCGAAGUCGACAACCCUCCUUCGCAACCCCAACACCACCAAUCCCAACACCACCAAUCCCCACCUCAGCAUCCGCCACCUGUUGCCGUAGAGCGGCCGUACGAUCCCGCGCCGAGCCAUGCGGAGAGUUAUAUCCCGCCCCCGACCUCGCCCUCGCCGCGUCCGUACAUGGACGAAGCUGCCGACGAGCCAUCGGACUUCGAAUGGCGGAAUCUGAAGAAACUAGCUGUUCUAGUACUGAGCAGUCUAGUGUGGAAAAACACACUGGUGCAAAAUCAAAUACGACCCCUCGGCGGCAUCGAAGCAGUUCUCAACUGCUGUUCGUACGACGAACACAAUCCCUACAUAAGAGAACACGCAAUCAUGUGUCUGCGCUUCCUCAUGGAAGGAAACCGCGAAAACCAAGAACGCAUUAGAGCCCUCGAGCGGUAUAAUCAGGAACGAGAUGGCCCCAAGGGGACCACGCCCGUCGAGCAGUCGUUGAGAGAUAAAAUGGACAAAGCCGGCACCACGGGAAUACCAGUCAACGUCAAGGUACCCGAUGAGGUGCUCGAUCAGCAGGGCUACGAGACGUACAUGGACGGCAAAGGCCAAGUCAUGCUACGCAAACGCCAGCCCCAACCCCACCAACCCCAGCCGGGGCUUCCGCAUCAGCAGCCUCUCCCGGCUUUCACUCCAGCGGCUGCAGGGAGCUCCACCGCGACCCCAGCUCCUACAGGGGCGCCAUCAGCGACCGCAGCGAUCGCGUCGAAAGCGAGCGCCAAGUCGGCCCUCGAAUCUCACAACCCGAAGGCGUUGGAGGAUUUGGUGCAGCAGGUUAUGCGCGAUCUGCCAACGAACCUGCCGUACAAGGGGGCCAGGGAGAUUAUCCAUGCAGAGGCGCUGAAGAAGCUGGAUCAGGCAUUCGAUGGGAGCGGAUCUGGUUCCGCGUCAGGAACAAAGGACGACGCGAAAUGAUGGAUCGUAGGGGCACAGAUGGGGGAGUCGAGACAUUGUUGAUAUGCCAAGGUCCGAUAUCGAAUGGGCGCUACUGUCAUCUCAGCUCAGCUUAGCUCCGCUCCGGGGCGCGCACGUCCUGCUAAAGGGCUACAAGACACGACGAGAGCUUGGAAAGUAGGUGGGGGAGAUAGCAGCGACUAGAUGGCAUGAUGAGAAGUCGGGCCGUGAUGCCUGAAGGAGGUGGUUGUGUGUGCUGAGCAUGGGAGAGCAUCGGAGCGGGACACCGCGUCAAUCAGCAAUCAGGGCAUUUGGAAGGUUUUGCAAACGGCGCCCGUAGAUGCGAGGAGGCGUGAUUGUUGAGCACAUGACGCGAGAUGAUGAAGACAAAAGCACCAUUGGGUAGAGGUAGAGGUAGAGGUAGAAGCAAGCGUGAAGUUGACGUACAAAUACAUCUUGAAUCACGAG